GGAUUUUUAGCCUUUUUAGGUUAUGUAAUCGAAUUUUGACAACAAGAAUGAUUUGAAAUGAAAUCCAAUGUGCAAAAUAUUCCAAAUUUCAAAUUAUGAAAAUUGAUAAUGGGGUCAGUUACCCGUAUAGAUUAUUAUCUCAAAUCUUCAUGAUUCGAUGCGAUUCAUUUGUGAUCAUAGAACAUGGACGAAUUCACAAAAAUUAAUAAAAUCACUGUUAGGCCGGGGGCCGACAGUGGUCUUUGGGCGUUGUUCCUUCUACCUCUCUCUGUAAUUAUCUCAACAAUAAAACAUUCAAUUAUAGCUACACCUACUUAUAAAUUAGCAUCAUUAGUAUGUAUGGGAAUGAUGCUCACAUCUGUAAUUAUCAGUAUGCAGAAAUGGAAAAACCAAAAAUUGAAAGUCAUCAAUAUAUGGAUAGUUCUUGCCUCUCUUUUCACUACAAGUUUAUGCCUUCUUUGCCUCCACAAAGGUUUUGUAUUCUCUUUGCUGAGUGGACUCUGGUCCACCCUAAUUUUCAUGGUGAUCUACAAAUAUAUACUGAGGAAAUUCAAAGAAUGUUUCACUCUAGGUGAAGCUGGAAUUGUAAGCCAAGGGAUUGUCAUUUUAAUAUAUUUCACUAUAAUGAAUGUUUUGAAUCAUAGCACAAGAAGCACCCCAUUCAAGAGUAACAUGCAGAUAUCUACUCUUAUUAUUCAGAUAGGAAUGCUGGGGAUUGCAGUAAUAGCAUACACAAGUCAUUCAUUCAAUAUCAGAGGGACAAAAUCCUUUUAUUUUUUGGCCAUAGCAGUGAUAUUUAUUCUAAUAUUCUUACCCCUGCACCUCCUAUUGAAAUGUAGCCCAGUUUUAUGGAUUAUAAAUCAAAUGAUAGAUGAUUGGUCCAGUUUGAAACUAAUAAUGUUCUGGAUUUUUUGUUCUGUAGUGGCAGUUCUAGCUAUAAGUAAACAAAUAUUAUAUGCUCAAAAGUCUUCAACAACUACCAGAAAGGUAUUCCAUCUCUUAGCAGUUGUAGUUUACAUUCCAGGCCUCAUUUACAAGUGUUCCUUCUUAUAUCUGGCCAGUGGGGUUGUCACAGGCAUAUUUUUUGCAUUAGAGAUUCUUAGACUCCUGCAAAUGCCACCAUUGGGCACCCAUCUCCAAGAAGGUUUUGUGGUUUUUAGUGAUGAAAAAGACGGCAACGUGGCUUUGACGCCGAUUUACCUUUUGGCUGGGUGCUCCUUACCCAUUUGGAUACACCCAUCACCUUGUGACGUCACAAAUUCUGCCACAUUCACUUUGCUACCCCUUUUGAGUGGAUUGUUGGCCAUAGGGGUGGGAGAUACGGCAGCAAGUGUGGUAGGAUCCAAUUUUGGGAGACAUUUUUGGCCAGGUACUAAAAAAACAAUUGAAGGGACUGCAGCAUGCAUUAUAUCACAAGUAGGACUGAUUUUCAUCAUUUUAUAUUUUGGGUUUCUUCCAGACUUGGUUCCAGAAACAAGUUUUCGAAUUUUGUUGGCAAUCAUUACUAGCUCCAUUGUAGAAGCUAAAACAACUCAAGUGGACAAUCUAGUGCUACCACUCAUUAUGUACAUAAUUCUUAUUUAAUAUUUCAAUGGAAUAAAACAAGACUUUUUUUUACACGAAAAUAAUUGUUUUUCAUCUACCCUUCAUGUUAACAUCUUCAUUGAACUCAACUCAGAAGUUGUAAUGGGGAAAAUGACUAUAAUUAGUAGGUAUAAUCAAUUUGUAAUUUUUUUUCAUGACUCAUAUUUACGUGAACAGUGAAAAACGAAUCUAAUCACAAAAGUUCAUUUGUGGAUUCAAUAUCCUUCAAAAGAAUUAUUUUCUGCACUUUCAAGUUCUAGGCAUCAAGAGGGUGAGUUAGAAACACUUUGCUUUACCAAAACCUGAAAUAUUGCGCCAUCUAGCGUCUGAAGAAAUUAGAAUAGAUGAUUCUCAAUUGAGAAAUAUAAAUCUAUUUUUAUUGCCCCGGAAAAAUUACACUCCAGCAAAACGGGUUUUAUAGUGUGGGGAAGUAAAAAACAACAAUCCGAUGAAAAUAUUGUAAUAUAUCCUAAUCUCAAUAUAUAAUAUUGUGCUAUUCGACCAUUUUAGUUAUUAGUCUAUUCCAAUUAAGAAGACAGCGUUGGAAACCAUAGACAAUCGUUGACCUUCGCUUUGAUUGGUUAAUAUUGGAGGCAAUAUUACACAUGCCUAAUAUGACCUGUGACGUUAUUUGCGAUAGAACAUAAGCGUACGCCACCUAUCGGAGUUCUUGAAAGCUGUCAAAGCGGCAUGUUUACUUUAUUUUCAUUGGUUCACAUUUGUUUUUUGUUUGGUGGGUCGGCGUGUUAUUUUCUAUCGCGAAUGGCUGAAGUUUUCUUUAUAGGAAGAUGAUCACAUUUCAUCUAUUUGUCGUAUUAUUUCAUGUUAAAUGAAUCCUCAGAUUGAACAUGAUUUUGUAAACACUUCUUCAGAGCCAGAGAUUUUCCUAACAUAUUUUUUGGAAUGCAGUAGAGAGCUCUUUGGAAGUUGAAGAAAUCGCUUGGACACAUAUUUGACAAGUAUGAAAUGUUAGUGCUGUCUCAAGUUGCGAAAGUAGAUGUUUCCUAAGGGCAUCUCUUUUUCUUUCGUGGGAUAAACAGAGACA